GCUCUUGUAAUCUGCAAAUGCAGGCCGAGUGAGUGGAUCGCAUUCAGUGUGCAGGGAGAAGGAGUAAGACGCACAAGUUCUUCUCGCUGUUGAGAGAAGUUUGCCUUUUUAACUCCAGAGGUGAUCGCAAACAAAUCUGAUCCGCAGAAGAGAAACUGUGGGAGAAAAAAAAAAAGAAAUCAGGAUCUACCGCAGUUUGCUCUUUGGUUUGUAUUACCUCCCAGUGGUCUGCAGCCUUUGCCUAGUGUUACAAAAUGAGCUUCAGUGCCACCGACUUGGAGGAGCUGAUGGAGUCCCUUGGAGACCUGAAUGUCUCCGACUCUUUCAGCAACAUAACACGAGUGGAUUUGGUGCUGUGUUCGACAUCUAUUAACCGUGAUGCUCUGCUGUACUCCAUGUGUGUCCUCUACACCUUCAUCUUCAUUGUCGGCCUGGCUGCUAAUGCUCUGGUCCUCUGGGUGAACAUCCGUGCCCAAAGAGACUCCACCCCUCGCCAUGAGACGCAUAUGUACAUUGCCCACUUGGCAGUGGCAGACUUAUGUGUGUGUGUCACUCUUCCUGUGUGGGUCAGCUCCCUGGCCCAGCAUGGCCACUGGCCAUUUGGCGAAGUGGCCUGUAAACUCACACACCUGCUCUUCUCUGUUAACCUCUUCAGCAGCAUCUUCUUCCUGGCGUGCAUGAGCGUCGACCGCUACCUAAGUGUGAAGCAGCACAGAGAGGAGGGAGGUGCGCGCAGGAAGUUGAUCCGCCGCGCUGCAUGUUUUGGAGUGUGGCUUCUGGCUCUGGUGGCAUCUUCUCCUGAAACCUACUACCUGCAUGCUGUGAAGUCAUCGCACGGAGACACUAUAAUGUGCAGGGCGGUGUACCCAGAGGAAAACCACUUGAAGUGGAUGGCGGGAGUGCAGCUCAGCUUCAUCCUGCUGGGCUUUGUUGUUCCCUUCCCAGUCAUUGCAGUGUUCUACAUCCUACUGGCCAGAGCUUUCAAGCGCUCAUCAUCAGCAUCAUCCUCCCAUGUGGAACAGGAGCGCGGUGUAAGCCGCAGGGUGAUUCUAGCAUACAUUGUGGUUUUCCUAGCUUGCUGGGGGCCUUAUCAUGCCGCUCUGCUCGUUGAUGCGCUGACGCAGCUGGAGCUGGUGCCAUUCACUUGUGGCCUGGACAAUGUGCUCUUCAUAGUGUUACACCUCACCCAAUGCCUGUCCCUGUUCCACUGCUGCUUCAACCCCAUCCUCUACAACUUCAUUAACCGAAACUACCGCUAUGACCUCAUGAAGGCCUUCAUUUUUAAAUACUCAACUCGGACUGGCCUGGCACGUCUCAUUGAGACUAAUAACGUGUCAGAGACUGAAUACUCAGCUGUAGAAAACCCACCUCUGAUCUGAUCUCCAUGAGUCUAGUGGAGUGUGAACUUGUGCUACACUUGAUUUAUCUGCUACAAACCAAUCCAGCAUCUUUUUCACAAACAUCUGCUUUAGUCCUUGAAAAACUUGAAGACUGAUCAAAAAGCACUUAAAGCAGUCUAUAAUAGCAGCUGACUAACAAAUCCUUGUAUAUGUAAAGCCAAAACUGUGUGUAAAUUGUACAAAGUGGUUUUUAUUAUGUAUGGAUGUUCUGAGCAUUAGUGUGUGCGUGUACCCGUAAAGUGCAAGAUGUGUAUUAUUAUCAUCUUAAGUAUACCUUUGUAUCUGCCUUUUUGUAUUUAUAUGAAUUUUUUACACUGUUCUUCUAUUGUGUUUUGAUACAAAGUCUUCGCACAGUUAUUCAAAUGGGAAAACAUUUCCUUUAAGCUUUAGUCCUGCUGCUUCAUUUUGAUUCAUAACCUCAUUUUGCAUCAGCUGAAGCCUUCGAAAAAGUGAAAUUUCUUUUGAAAACAUCCAAAUAUAUGCUUUUCAAUAGUUUUUUUUAAAUCUUUGUUUAAAUAUUAGCAGUGCUUUCCCAUCUCUUAAUUAGGUAUAAACCAACAGAGCUUCUGCUACCCAUACCUUGCCCUCCCCAAAAAGCUUGAAAGCAUUGAAUUUUAUGAAUCCUUAAAUUAUUUUUUGCAUUAAGUAACUGUCUGUAUUCAGUGUAAAUCUUUAUUAAUUGUAAAUCCAGAUUAGAUACUCCCGUUUACCCAAACCACC